GCUCGCACUUAGAUGUAUUAGUUUAAGGAUGUAAAGUAGUUUUCCAGCAGAACUUGAUUUUUUGUUCUAAACACUAAAUAAAUGUUAAGAAAGUACAAGAGUUAUGUUAUAGAUGACUAUUAUACCCUUCUAUUCAUUUCUAUAGCCAAAUUUAAUAUUCGAAUUCGGUUACAUUAAGGGGAAAACGAAAUUGUGAAAUAUUUUGUAAAAAUGGCAAAUCCUUCAAAUGUAGGCCAAUCUUACUUUUGGGGUUCAGGAGUUUCUCAGCCGCAAAACAUGGGAUAUUAUUCUGUGCCACCUCCAAAUUUUCCACCGCCAAAUUUUAGACAACCACCACCAUCUUACAACAUGCCAGUUUCUAAUUUACCAGAAAACAAAACUGGUAAUUUUAUUCAAUCGUAUCAUUCUAUGGCACCUUGUUAUCAGAAUGAAAUUCCAAAUUCUUAUCAUGAUGUUUCUUAUCAAAAUCAACCGGAAAUGCAAUGUAAUAAUCAGAACUAUGGAAUUUCUAACUAUUGUCAACCAGUAACAGGAAAUUUUAAUUCAAAUUGGAAUGAUAGAAAUGCCUAUCAGAAUAAUGCUACUACAGAAUGGAAUUCCAACAAUUAUUCAUCUGAUUGGGAUAAAUCACAGAGCAAUACAUCUUCUUGGUACGAUGUAAACAAAGUAGAAGAAGAUGAUAUGAAACCUGCAUAUAAAAAGUACGAUGAAUCCCCAAGGAAUAAAAGAUUAGAAGGAAGAUAUAAAGAUAAAGAAUCCUCUACUAGUCAUUCAGUUAGAAAACGUUCCAAAAGUCCUGAUAAUAAAUCAAGAUCAAGCAGAUCACCAUACAGAUCACGGUAUGAUUCUCAAAGGGAUAAGUACUCAAAAUAUCCUAAAAACAGAUCAUGUUCUAGAGAUCAUUCAUAUAAUGAAGAAGAUUCUGAGAGGAGAUCAUCUAGUAAAAGAAAUAAUUCAUAUAUCUCGCGUUCUCAAAGAUCAUAUACAAGCUACAGAAAUAGGAAAAGAUCAAGAUCUCAAGAAUCCUAUUCAUCUAGAACCAAUAGUCCAAAUAAUUUUGCUACCAAAAAAGAUCCAACUGAAAGAGAGUUACUUUUAGAAAAGUACAGGCAGGAUUAUUGUGCAACAAGCAAAGAUAUGGAAAGGAAAAUGGAUGAAUUAUCUGCAAUGGGACCUGAGGGUAUUAUGGAAAAUGCAAGAAAAGUUUGGACACGUACUGCACCAGCAGAUUUGUACUAUAUUAGAGAUGAAAAUAAUUCAAAAUUAAUGAGAGGCACAUCCAAACUGCAUGAAUUAUGUGAAUCAUUCAAGAACGUAUUAUUAGACAGAGCUGGAAGUGCAAGAGCUUUACAGCCUCCCUAUGAACCACCUCCAAGAAAAACCAGAGCUCGUUUAUGUAGGCAUAAGUCCGAAGCUUGUAGCAGCUCUUCUUCUGAUAGUGAUAGUUCAAUGGAUGAGGAUGAUAGAACAAUGGAAGAAUUAAUGGCAAAGAAACAACAUCCACAAAGAUUACAUCCUGAAAUGUGGUUUAACGAUCCUGGUGAAAUGAAUGAUGGACCAUUGUGUAGAUGUAGUGCAAAGUCAAGAAGAUCCGGGAUCAGGCAUGGAAUUUAUGCUGGAGAAGGUGCAAUAAAUAAGUGUGAUUUAAAUUCAAAUAACGCCGAUAAAUUAUAUCAUUAUCGAAUAACAAUUAGUCCACCAACAAAUUUUCUUACUAAAACACCGACGAUUAUUAAACACGAUGAACACGAAUUUAUAUUUGAAGGUUUUUCUAUGCUUUCUCAUUUUCCUCUUGUAAAGCUGCCGACGUGUAAAGUGAUAAGAUUUAACAUAGAGUACACAAUUCUUUAUAUAGACGAAAAACUGCCAGAGAAUUUUACUAUAAGAGAAUUGGAUUAUUUUCAAACAUACUUAUUCAAGGAAGUAUUGGAACUGGUGGAUUUUGAUUUACAAGCAGCACAGGAUAAAUCUGGUUGUGGACAGUUUCAUUUUAUGCCAAGAUUUGUGCGUGAUUUAGCCGAUAAUGGGCAGGAAAUCUUGUCAAUGAAUGAAGUUCUAAAUUAUUUAAUAAAAAGUAGUAAAUUGUUAAUAGAUCCAGAUGAUUUACCCAGGCUGGUAGAAAUGCCGCAAUAUAAAUGGCAAAAUUUUGCCGACGAGGUAAAAGGUAUGAUUGUCACGUAUCCGGGUAAAAAACCAUGCAGCGUUCGUGUUGAUCAGUUAGACAGGAAUCAGGCUGAUCAGCCGCCUGGUAUAGUUGCAUACCCUGAAAUUGUACAUUUUGGAAUUAGACCACCACAACUUAGUUAUGCAGGAAACGCUGAUUACCAGAAAGCAUGGAGGGAUUAUGUAAAAUUUCGCCACUUGUUGGCUAAUAUGCCGAAACCAUCGUUUGAAGAUAAAAGAAAGUUGGAGGCAAAGGAAAAUAAACUUCAAGAAUUAAGAACCCAAAGCAAAAUGAAACGCGACGUUACUGUAGAUGUUAGUUCUGAAGGAUUUUGCAGAACCGGAAUUAUGUGCGAUAUAGUGCAACAUGCUAUGCUGAUUCCAGUACUUGUUUGCCAUUUAAGAUUUCAUAAAUCCUUAGACAACUUAGAAUGCACAUUAGGCUACGAAUUUAAGAACAGAUACCUUCUUCAGUUAGCAUUAACGCAUCCCAGUUACCGUGAAAAUUUCGGUACGAAUCCAGAUCAUGCACGAAAUUCUUUAACUAAUUGUGGCAUAAGACAGCCUGAAUAUGGUGAUCGACGAAUUCAUUACAUGAAUACUCGAAAGCGUGGUAUUAAUACACUGAUCAACAUAAUGUCAAGAUUCGGAGCAAGAACUGAAACGGAAUCUUCAAUAGCGCACAACGAAAGAUUGGAAUUCUUAGGAGAUGCAGUGGUCGAAUUUCUUACAUCGAUUCAUUUAUUUCAUAUGUUCCCUGAUUUAGAAGAAGGUGGUUUAGCCACUUACAGAGCAGCCAUUGUUCAAAAUCAGCAUCUCGCUGUGUUAGCGAAAAAAUUAAAUUUAGAAGAAUAUAUGCUAUACGCGCAUGGCAGUGAUCUUUGCCACGAUUUGGAAUUAAGACACGCAAUGGCGAAUUGUUUCGAAGCGUUAAUGGGUUCGUUGUUCCUUGAUGGAGGUAUCGAAGUUGCUGACAGGGUAUUUGGAGAAACACUUUUCAAAGACGAAGAUGAUCUUUCAAAAGUGUGGGUGAAUUAUCCAAAACAUCCUUUGCAAGAACAGGAACCAACAGGUGAUAGACAAUGGAUACCAAGUUUUGAACUGUUGCAGAAAUUAACAAAAUUUGAAGAAUCCAUUGGCAUAGAGUUUACCCAUAUUCGUUUGUUAGCUAGAGCCUUUACCGAUCGCAGUAUAGGAUAUACAAAUUUAACAUUAGGUUCGAAUCAACGUUUAGAAUUUUUAGGGGAUACUGUGCUACAACUGAUAGUUUCUGAAUAUUUAUAUAAAUAUUUUCCAGAACAUCAUGAGGGACAUUUAUCUCUUUUACGAAGUUCUCUUGUAAAUAAUAAAACACAAGCUGUCGUGUGUGAUGAUUUAGGAAUGACUCAGUAUGCACUAUAUGGUAAUCCAAAGGCUGAGUUGAAAACAAAGGACAGAGCAGAUUUGUUGGAAGCAUUUUUAGGAGCUCUUUAUGUCGAUAAAGGUUUAGAAUAUUGUCACGUUUUCUGUGACGUAUGUUUCUUCCCACGUUUGCAAGAUUUUAUUAUGAAUCAAGAUUGGAACGAUCCAAAAAGUAAAUUACAACAGUGUUGUUUAACAUUAAGAACAAUGGACGGUGGGGAACCUGAUAUUCCUGUAUACAAAGUAAUUGAAUGUAAAGGACCAACAAAUACAAGAGUGUAUACUGUUGCUGUAUACUUCCAAGGAAAACGAUUAGCAAAAGCAUCAGGACACAGUAUUCAAGAAGCUGAAAUGAAUUCAGCCAAAGAAGCCUUAGAAAAAUCUCAAGAUUUGUUCCCGCAAUUAGAUCAUCAGAAACGCGUGAUAGCGAAAAGUAUGAAAAUGCAACAAUGGCCAAAUAAACAUAAAAUAAGAGGAAGGUCAAUGAAACCUACCGAUAAACACGACAAUUCCGAUUUUGGUCCGCGUUCUAAAAGGAGUCGAAGUGAAGUAUAACUAAUUAUAAAAAUAAAAAAUCUCACCUAGGCUUUUGUAUUGAAUAUUAUACAGUAACGGAUAUAAUACAUCAAGUUAGUAACUAUGUCUAAAUAAAUAGCAUUAUAAUAUAAAAAAUAAAUAUAUCUAUUAUGCUGUA